AGCAACGGGGACGAAGACAAGUACUCUGCCUUGACUAUUCAAAUAUUCAAAGAUGUUAUAUGGUUCGCUUUAUUCCCGUCCACUAUCACGGAAAAAUAUCGGAGAGCACAUGAUGCAUAUGAUGCAUCACAUAUGGCUCACAUGUUCAACUUGCACCGUCUGGAACAUACUCUCGUGUCUGCUCCAAAGCAUGCGUUCUUUGUAUCAAAAUUAUAUCUCAUUCUUAUCAGGGAGCAACUUAAACAAGGCAGCGAACCGGAUUCUUGUUUACUUUUCAAAUUCCCAAUACACUCACUCGGAUAAUCGUCGGUUGCUUUGCUCACAGGAACCUCCAUGAUAGAGUUAUGGUAGCGAUGCGCUCUAGUAGUUUAAGAGGCUUCACUAUUCCGUGACAGUGUGCCCCACCACCCUCUACAAGUUUGCUCCUGCUUUAAUGACGUCUGCAGAAGUUGCAAAUAAGUUACCAAAGGACUUCAUAUGGGGAUUCGCUACCGCAAGUUUCCAGAUCGAAGGAUCCACCAAUGUUGAUGGACGCGGAAAGUCUAUCUGGGACGACUUCUCCAAACAACCUAAAAAGACACUGGACGGCCGAGACGGAGAUGUAGCAACAGAUUCAUACAGGCUCUGGAAGGAGGACGUUGCUCUGCUUGCCCACUAUGGCGUCAAGUCUUAUCGCUUUUCCUUAUCCUGGUCUCGCAUCAUCCCGCUUGGUGGCCGCAACGACCCCGUCAAUCCUAAGGGUAUAGCCUUCUACUCCAAUCUUAUCGACGCACUGCUGGAACAUGGCAUAAUCCCAUUUGUUACUUUAUACCACUGGGACCUUCCCCAGGCCCUGCAUGACAGAUAUGGCGGGUGGUUGAACAAAGAUGAGAUCGUUCAGGACUAUGUCCACUAUGCUAAGGUCUGCUUCCAGGCUUUCGGAGACAGAGUCAAGCACUGGCUGACAGUGAACGAGCCAUGGUGCGUCUCAAUCCUGGGGUAUGGAAAGGGCAUCUUCGCGCCAGGACGAUCAAGCGACCGAGAAAGAUCACCCGAAGGCGACUCCUCCACCGAACCGUGGAUAGUUGGCCACAGCGUCAUUUUAUCGCACGCAUACGUAGUCAAACUUUAUCGCGAGGAGUUCAAGGACGCACAGGGUGGUCAGAUCGGAAUCAUGCUCAAUGGUGACUGGACCAUGCCAUACGAUGACAGUCCACAGAAUGUGGAAGCGGCACAGCACGCCCUUGACGUAGUUAUUGGAUGGUUCGCUGAUCCAAUCUAUCUCGGUCAGUACCCGGAAUUCAUGAAACAGAUGCUCCGGGAGCGUCUGCCGGAGUUUACACCGGAAGAAUUGAAGGUCGUCAAAGGAUCCUCUGAUUUCUAUGGCAUGAACACCUACACCAGCUACUUUUGCAAAGCCGGUGGCGAUGAUGAAUUCCAAGGAUUCGCUGAGUAUACUUUCAUCCGUCCUGACGGCACUCAAUUAGGUACCCAAGCGCACUGUGCCUGGUUGCAGGACUACCCCCAAGGAUUUCGCGAUUUGCUUAAUUACAUUUGGAAGAGAUAUAAACUACCCAUCUACGUCACCGAAAAUGGAUUCGCUGUCAAAGAUGAGAGUUCGAAGUCGAUUGAGGAGGCAUUGCAGGACAACGACCGUGUGAACUACUUCCAGGGUAACACGGCUUCUCUCAAGGCUGCUGUGCUUGAGGAUGGUGUCGAUGUCAGAGCCUAUUUCCCGUGGAGCUUUCUGGAUCACUUUGAGUGGGCGGAUGGGUACAUCACACGAUUUGGGGUAACAUACGUCGAUUUUGAGACCCAACAGCGAUAUCCAAAAGAGUCUGCAAAAUUCCUUGUUAAGUGGUUUGGAAAUAAUGUCGAUACGGGCGACAGGAAAUUGCCAUAGGACUCUGUUGCUUUCGCCCGAGCAUUGUUAGAGGACUGGUGUGUAAUCGAUUGUACCUACAAGUUAGUGAGGUAUCUCAGGUGGAUCCCACUCGCUGCUCUUGUUUUAUGUAUCUAUUUGCCAAUUGUUUUGUAUUUUACAUAGUGUGACUGCCACUCAAUGAAACUUUGUACUGUGCCCAGUCCCUCGUGUAUUAAGCGAGCGAGGUGUUUGGGGUCCGCCGCGGCAUGCAUUGUAG